UCUCAUUCCUCUCCUCAGCUCGUCUCGGUACUCUCAGGAUUAUGACACCAGGGUUUUGUUGCGGUUCCCUCAGCGGGUGAAGAAUCAGGGAACGGCCGACUUCCUGCCCAGUAAACCCCGAUACGCCUGGGAGUGGCACAGCUGCCACCAUCACUUCCACAGCAUGGACGAGUUCAGCCUGUACGAGCUGCUGGACAUCCAGACGCAGGCGCAGGUGGCUGAGGGACACAAGGCCAGCUUCUGUCUGGAGGACACGUCCUGUGACCCGGGAUACUACCGCCGCUUCGCCUGCACCUCACACACUCAG